AUGAGCGAUGUAGUUGAGUGCAUCCAACGCCUAAAAGGCACUGACCAGGAUCAUAUUCUGGAGAUUAUUGAGCAUGGCAACGAAAAGGACCGAUCAGUGCUGGUGAAACAGCUGGCGGUGGACCUUCAUGGUGUGGAUUUUCACCAUCUCAACGAUGUUUUGCGCCAGAGCCGGGAACACGGCAUGGAUCACAACAUUACAGCGGAGACGGAGCCACCGUCCGAUAAUUUUUUGUUUGACGCGGUGGAGGCACGGCAAACCGGAAACAAAGGCGUUGAGGAGCUGGAGCAGCUUGGCUAUGAGGCCAUUCACGCUGGACGUGUGGCAUUUUGUAUUUUGGCUGGUGGUAGCGGGACUCGACUCGGCGCGAACGUUCCCAAAGGGCUCUUGACAUGCGAAGGCCUUCUUGAGGGAAAAUCGCUAUUUCAAAUUAACUGUGAAAAAAUACUCCGACGCGAAGAGCUGGCGACCUUCAGAUGCGGAGGCGUUCCCUCAGCAAAGGUACAGCUCCUAGUGAUGACUUCUAUACAAAACGAUGAGCAGACACAGCUGUUUUUUCAAGAGGCGAACUAUUUUGGGCUUGCGAAGGAACAGGUGCACUUUUUUAUGCAAGCGUCUCUUCCGUGCUACGACGAGCACACCGGAAAAAUACUCAUGGAGUCUUCCAACCGUAUUUGUACUUCGCCUAGCGGAAAUGCCGGGCUGUAUACGGCCUUAACGGAUCCUCCUCGGGGUGCGGAGGAGUCUGUGAUGCAGCGGCUGGUUCGUAUUGGCGUAACGCACGUUCAGAUUGGAAACGUGGAUAACCUAAUUACCAGGGUUGCGGACCCAUUGUUUCUUGGAUACGCCAUUAAGGAAGAGGCACAUGUCGUGGUAAAGGCAAGCCCAAAGGCCAGACCAGACGAGGCUGUUGGUGUUUUCGCGCGUGUUCGCGGAGAAUGGGGAGUUGUCGAAUACACUGAAAUUGGCGAGAGGGCGACGGAAGUGGAUCCUGCAACUGGAAAACUGAAGUUUAACAGUGCAAAUAUUUCUUCCUAUAUUUGCACUGUUCGCUUCCUGCAGCUUGCGGCUGAUCGUAUGAAGACCUUUACGCGGUACCACCUUGCACAUAAAAAAAUACCUACUGUAAAUGGCCUGACGAUGGGGAUCAAACUAGAGGGAUUUAUUUUUGAUUUAUUUUGCCUUGCCAAGGAAUGUGUGGAUCCAUCCGUAAGGAACAGUGACGGUUUUUGCAUUAUGCAGGUAAAUCGCAGUGAGGAGUUUGCCCCCAUUAAAAAUGCGAAGGGAGCAUCAAGUGACACAGUGAGUGAGGCAACACGACUCUUGUUGGCGUUACACACACGAUGGUUGUCCACUGCCCUCAGUUCCGUCUCCUCAGGAGGGGGCAGUGACGCUCAAGACGCAGCGGCGGCACUUGCGGUGCUGCAACGUAAAAAGGAAGCUGUGGAAAUAUCACCGCGUGUAUCAAGCGAGGGAGAAGGGCUAAAGCCGUACCUUCCGCGUGUGAUACAUCAACUUUUACAUGUUUCGUGUAACAGGGUUGUUAUUCGGCGGCCGGACGAGGUCCCGCUGAGGCCAUCAAGCAUGUAG